AGUCUUAAUUAAUGCAUUCUCAAUCAUUCAGUGUAGAAACGUCGUUCUAAAUUAAAAAGCCCCUUUCACAAUUAUUGGUGGGGCGACUGCUUACAACCAAGCGAUUCUGUGCAAUGUAUAUUGUGACCAAAUGAUCGCAAACGAUCGCACGGGCGAGCAAAAAAAAAAUUGUGAAAGCCCCUUAAAGCAUGUCGAGAGGGCCCGAAGUUAAUUCGUAAAAACCUCCAGGAUUUUUUUUAUAUUCAUUUGGUCUUCGCACCUUGCUACCAUACUAGAGCUUGUCAAUAGUUAGACACGAAGAUAAAAAUCAAUUUAUCUCGUUGCCUCGUCAAAAGGCUAUAUCGAUCCUCCAUUGCUUCCUGUACAAACGACUUUUAAUGCACACCGGCAAAAUUUUCCGACGUUUUUGCUUCGUUUUGGGGAAUUAUUUCGAAGUUUUGAGGGCCGUCCAUAUUGCGCCUUAAGUUUUGGUGUGAAAAUGAUGUCUUUCCUGUCUCCCGUCAUGUUGUUGGCCGCUCUCACCGUUGGAGCCAUUGUUGCUAAAAUAAUUGAAUACUUCUUACGAAGACCCUACGUGGAUAACAUUACCAAAGACAAAUAUGUAUUCAUUACUGGAUGCGACACUGGAUUCGGCAACAAACUUGCUAAGCAGCUUGACACCAAGGGUGUUCACGUCAUCGCCGCUUGUCUGACUGAGAAAGGUCGACGUGAUCUUGAUGACGUCACAUCCGGAAGGGUCAAGACCUUGCUCCUCGAUGUCACUGACCACGACAGUGUUGCCAAAGCGUAUGGGGAAGUGCUGAAGAUUAUACCACACGAAAGAGCUCUCUGGGGCGUUGUUAAUAACGCUGGUGUAUCCAAUAUUGCCGCUCUUAUGGAAUUGAGCAAACGGCAAGAUUACGAGAAGGUUUUGGCGGUAAACCUAUUUGGUGUCAUCGAUGUUACUCUGACAUUCUUACCGCUUCUCAAGAAAAGCAGUGGUCGGUUAGUCAACGUCGCCAGCUGCGCCGGGAGAUUAGCUGCUCUCCCCGGUGGAUACAGCGAGUCAAAGUUUGCAGUAGAAGCAUUUUCUGACAAUGUGCGGAGAGACCGUAGGAAUUUCGGGUAUUCCUUUAAAGUGAGCAUCAUCGAGCCAGGAUUCUUUGACACUUAUAUGGCAUCGAAGGACCAUCUAACACGAAACACUAUGUCUCUUUGGAACCGACUUUCUAAUGAGGAGAAAAGGGAAUUCCCAGAAACGGUGGUACAAAAAUUCAUUGAUGAGAAAGGCUCCCUGUUGUCUUCUAUGGUGUCAAGUGACUUCACAAAAGUGACUGACGCCAUUGAGCAUGCGCUGUUUUCUACGUGGCCCAAGACGCGAUACGCCGUGGGUUGGGACGCGAAUCUGAUCUGGAUGCCAAUGUCCUAUGCACCAACUUGGAUUCAAGAUAAGCUCUGCCCUUAAAGAUAAGCCUAAAUACCACUAGUGCUAACGAGAUCAAAUUACUUCGAACAGGUUCUAAUCAAAAUGAGCACCAGAGUGUUUGUGUGUAUAAAUUAAAAAAAAGUGAUAAUAAGAUUUUUGACAGAAGAUGUGAAAUUGGUGAGAAACUGGAAAAAAAUAUCAUGGUAUUCCAAUCAGAUGUCAGGUUUUUCCAAGCGAAAAUACACUGCCCCACAUGUGCUUAUCCGUUAUAAUAGUGAUCUUUAGUGUCAUUGUUUUUCAGUUCAUGAUUCGACAAAUAGAUAUCUGAUGAUAUGUUAGAUACCCCAGUACUAUGAGUCAUAAAUAGAUUCUUACACAGUACUUUUUACCACAAUGAUGCGACAGAUAAUUUUUUAAACAUUAAACAACUGAUUCAAUUAAAACUUUAAUCAUUCGUAAAAUAAAGAGGCAAUACCAGAGUAAAGAGCUAGUUAUCUGACUAGUCAACGAACUAAAUGAUAUGUUCUUGAUCUGCCCUUAAAUAAAUGAAGACAGUAGAUGACACGCUACAUGGCUUUGAAUCCACCUUGCACUGAUUUAUCAACCUAUUUAUUUCUUAAAUUUUAUGUUUAAAAAUCUAAAAUUCUAUCAGCGCUCUAAUCAAAAUUAAUAGGCAUCAUAAUUUGCGACUUCCACAUUUGCGGAAACUUUGAAAACUUUGGUAAAACUGUAUUAGUACUUUUAGAUAUUCUAGAAAAAAUGUGUCAGAAAUUAAACAAAAUAAUAAAACUGCAUGAAAAGAAAUGUAUAUUAGAUAUUACAGCAUGAUAGUAGGUACCAUUCCAAUUGCAUACUAUGAAAAGGAAACUUUUUUUUUUCAAAACAGAAUUAAAGAUAAUUUGUAAUUAAGUAUCAUAAAUCGCUAGUGAUUUUAAUUAUUAAAUAACUAAAUGCCUCCUGACACUAAAAGUGAUUAAAAGCCCAUUCUUAAUAUCUACCUUUAUAUCUUUCUCUAUAUUUAUCUUGAAAUUAUCAAAUAUAUUUUGGGAAAAUGUAAUUAAAGCAUCUUUUGCAGCGUGUGUUUUACCAUCAGCUCCGAGUACUCGCUCAUUUUUCGGUACAUCACUAAUUGAUAUUAAGAUAUAAAACACUGGGAAACUAUAAUUACAGGCUAUGUUCUGUUAUAGGUUCCUCAUAUUUCAAGAUAUUCCAUUUCUUUGUUAAACAGGGAAUGCAAUUAUUGUCAUGUUCUUAAUUGCUCAAGAUGAAGGCCUAUGUAUAUUUUGUGGAAUGUGAAACAAUAAAUCGAAUCACAUA